GCGUCAUCAGAGUCAAAGUGCUUUGAGAUUUAUAGUUCAUAGUGAAAGUGAAAGAUCAUUUACAAUUUUCCAUACAAUGUAAUAUGUUGAUAUGAGUGUGUUUUUGUUCCAUUAAUGCAUCCAGAGUGAAAGCAAUCGAACAUUGGUGUAGACGUCAGUAGAAUAAGCUUACAUUGUAUAAAAGUCCAACUUUAAGAUCCCAGCUAAGGACGGUCUUCCCAACCCGCCUUGCCCUUAUUCCCAGCCUGAUGUGGGAGGAGCAAAUUGGGAUGUUGACCCAUUUUCUCUCUCUCUCUCUCUCUCUCUCUCUCCUUUUCUACUCCUCAUGUUGAAAUAUGAAACCUGGACCAUUUCAGUCCAGCUUGUCCCACGGGCUCCCAGAUCUUCCAAUGCCAACAACUCGCCGCUUCUUCUUAACUCCUUUUUUUGUUGCCCCCGUUCGAACAUGUUUUGACACUCUGACAGGAAACUUCUUUUUUUCGCCAUUAUAAAUCGUUUUCACAAAGACUCCAGCUGCAGUUUUUUCUUUUGUCUUUCUUGCAUCGCGCUCAUUUUAAAGCUGACUCUGGGAUGUGAGAACAUUUGUAUCCGUGUGUUUUUAAUCCAAGCCAUUCAGGGAAUACUUUUAUUUUUUUUUGCAACAAAGAAGAAAUGGUGCCAAGAUUGUUGUGGAACAUGUCUCUUGUUCUGGUUUUGUUUGGAUUAUUUUUGCUCACUUCAUCUGCCAGAGGCGAACCCGAGCUGCCGGAGGAGGAGGAGGAGGAAAGUUCCUGCCAGGGCGCUUUUGACCUCUAUUUUGUUCUUGAUAAAUCCGGCAGUGUGAAGGAUCACUGGAAUGAAAUCUACGAUUUUGUGGAAAAUUUAGCAGAAAAAUUCAAAAGUCCCAUGCUUAGGAUGUCAUUCAUAACAUUCUCCUCUCGAGCAUUCACCAUCCUCAAACUUACUGAGAGCAGGGUGGACAUCAAAAAGGGGCUGAAUGCUCUUAAAAGAGAGAUUCCAGGUGGAGAUACGUUCAUGCAUCUUGGACUGCAUAUGGCAAAUGAGCAGAUCUACCAUGAGAACUUUGGCAAGGCCAGUGUGAUCAUCGCACUCACGGAUGGAGAGCUGCAAGAAGGCCAACUUAUCUCUGCGCAGCAACAGGCCGAGCGGGCCAGGUCCCUUGGAGCUAUUGUGUACUGCGUUGGCGUCAAAGACUUCAAUGAGACGCAGCUGGCGACCAUCGCAGAUACCAUCGAGCAUGUGUUUCCUGUUUUGGGCGGCUUCCACGCCCUCAGGGGUGUUAUUGAUUCGAUUAUCAAGAAAUCUUGCAUUGAGAUUUUGGCUGCUGAACCCUCCAGUGUGUGUGCUGGAGAGUCUUUCCAAGUGGUGGUGAGGGGAAACGGGUUCCUCCAUGCCAGGAACAUCAACCAGGUGCUGUGCAGCUUUAAAAUCAACGACACCAUUACAAUCAAUGAAAAGCCUGCUGGUGUGGAGAACACGUUCUUGCUGUGUCCGGCUCCUGUCAUUGAUGAAGUCGGGAAGGUGAUUUAUCUCCAAGUGAGCAUGAAUGAUGGUCUGUCUUUCAUCAGCAGCAAUGUGCACAUCACCACCACAGAGUGUUUUGAUGGCACCAUUCUCCUCAUCACCCUGCUGGUGUUAUUUCUCCUGUUGGCCUUGCUCAUCAUGUGGUGGUUCUGGCCUCUCUGUUGCACGGUGGUGAUCAAAGAACCUCCACCUCCACCUCCUCCUGAGCCUGAAUCAGAUGAUGAAGAUGGUCUACCAAAGAAAAAGUGGCCCACUGUGGAUGCCUCAUAUUAUGGAGGAAGAGGAAUUGGAGGCAUCAAGAGGAUGGAGGUGCGAUGGGGCGGAAAGGGCUCCACCGAGGAAGGGGCAAAGCUGGAGAAACCGAAGAACGCCGUGGUAAAAAUGCCAGAACAGGAAUACGAACCCUUCGAGCCAAAGCCCAAGAAAUCUCCCAAAAAGGCGCCUCAAAACCGAAAGUGGUACACACCCAUCCGGGGUAAACUGGACGCUAUCUGGGCUCUGUUUCGCCGUGGUUAUGACCAGGUCUCUUUGAUGAGACCCCAGCCUGGGGAUCAUGGUCGAUGCAUCAACUUCACAAGAGUGAAAGAAGGCUCCCUGUCAGCCAAGUCGGCGCCCCGCUCCCCAAUUCACAGGCCCUCACCGCCUGCACCCAACUACCGCCCCCCCACCCGCGCCACCCCCGAGUCCCCUACCAUCUCCAGCCCUCCCGCCAAAGCACCCCCCGUGGCUAAUCUACCGCCGGGACCCCCUCCGUCCCGCACGCCCCCCGGCCUUCCCUGUCCACCGCCAUCGCGUCCGCCGCCCAGCCUGCGACCAUGAAUGACCCAGGUAAAAGAUGCCACACCCCACACCCCCCGUCCCUGAUGGACUCGCUUGGGCUUCACUGACUGACUGGUUGACUUUCAGUCUGAUAGUUAGUCCUCCAGCCAUGGAUCCUUCUGCUAUUCACCAAAGAUCAUCUUCAUGAUUGGGUAAGACUGUCAGGAUGAUAAUUACAUCAUCAAUGAGGCCUUCAGUGACUUCGUAUGUUUGCAAAUUUCUAUGCAAAUAACUCCAAAGAGUGUUGACUAAUGUGAGAGUCACAUUUUAAGGGAAGCUGUCUUUGCGUUCUUUCUUGGAGUCCACCAUUUCCAAAAACAAGCAUUCUGGUCAAUGAAAGAAAUGUAAAAUGGCCGACAGGGGCCAACAUCCCAACACUCAGAAAUGAUCUCGAACGCACCGUGAACCAAAUACAACAGGAAAAUGCUACAGUCACAUAGAAACAUGGAAACAAACAGCAGUUAUCUUAAUAAAUAAUCAUAAUAAAGACGAUAAUAAAGUUCAAAUAUUAGGAUUUUGAAAUGCUAAUAUUGUGAGAAAAAAAGCCAUCAUUUUUUGAGAAUAAUACAUAAAUAAUACAUAAAAAUUUUUUAAAAAAUACAUUUAAAAUACAUUUUAAAAAUCACAUUCAAGUUGAAAUAAGAAAGAAAAAAUAUUAAAGAUAUUAAAGGAACAAAACAAAAAUAAAGUUGCAAUUUUUGGUUGCAAAUAGGUUGCAAAAAAAAUUGUAAUCUCACAACAAUUAAGCCGAAAUAUUAUUGCGAUAAAAUCAUAAAAUUAAGAGAUAAAGAACAUGCAAAUGUUGAAAUAUUUGUACAAUAAAAAAAACAACACAAAUGGAGAACAAAAACAUGUCAAAAAUGAGAGAAAUGCCACACGUUGGUGGUGAGCCAGGCUACCGGUGGCGUUUCCGUGUCAUUUCCGUGUUUGGAGCGUUUGGAUUCCUCCAGUCGGCUACCGAGCUACUAUUGUUGACUAGCAUGUGUUACGUUUAGUCCGAUCCAAAGUGAACGGGGUGACGCAGGGAGACUCUUUUACGAGAUGAUUGUUGCAGGACAGCAAAAGCCUUUAUGGACCAAAGUCAUUCCAAGCAAUACAUAUGAUUUAUUUGAUCAACUACUGAGUUAUGCCUUAGAAAUCAAGAAUUCAAUCUGAAUAUUUAGAGGAUUCAUUGGAUGAUUUGCUCAAAAUGUCGGUGCUAAUUUUGUUAACAUGCUAAAACAGCACAUUUGUUAUUCAGGAAAAGCAUCCUUUUAAAGCAGUAAGUUUUUUUUUACAUGCAAUAACAGGGACGUGUACAGAAGUUUGUUAUUUACAUAAUGUUUUCAUGAUGCAGUUUUUUGUUGUGUAAUUAGAGGCUUUGGAUUGUAGAGUUUGAUUUAGAACACAGCUAUACAGUACGUCAUUUCAUGGUUAUGUCGUUUGGUUGUUUUCUAUCUGCGCACAUAGACCGCUGGAUGUUUUCUCUUGCUGUUUUUGUCAGCGUGCAUGAAAUGGAGAACUCGUGACUCCAAAGCUGCCACAAAAUCAGGUUGACAGUGCUCCUCAUCUUUUGUUUUUUUUUUUUAAUAUUUUGACACACUUCUUAUAUUCUUUGUAUGUUAUGUCUACAGUUUUAUCAUCAGCCGUCACAUUACAACUGCAGGGCAGUUCACAGAGCAUCUAAUUUAUUACAGACUUCCCGAGAGAAAUAGAAGAGAGUACUUGAAUAUCGACAAGCACCGACAUGGAACACUGUGUGCGCAGUCUAGAAACAGCUAGCCAGUCAAAUAAGGACUACCAGCUUUUUAGCACCUCGUUGCGUUGUUGACAUUUGUUACAUUUGAUGAGGUUUGAAUUCGGGUCAAAUACCGCAUGAAUUCACUGGACGCAAAAUUAGGUUCAGCUGUAUCAUCAGUCACAUCCAAUAUUGGGGAUAUUUUUCAUUAUAUUUUUAUAGAAAAUGGAUGGACGGGCAAUAUGGACGCAAAUAUAGGGUGCUAUUUUUCCAGAGAACGUCCUGUCUUCGGAAUCUAAUAACCAGAAGGUGUCAGAGCAGCUGCUACAUAGAAGUUUGUUUUUUUUAAAGCAUCUAAAAGGGUUAUAUUUAGUUAUGUCCGAUUUAGCUUUUUGCCAAAAACCGAUAUUGUCCAUCUCUCAAUUUCCGAUAUCAUAUCAAUACCCACACCGAUAUAUGUCACAUGACAUAUGCCCUGUAGUGGAAUGAACAUUUAUGUGACAUGAUUGGGAAAAAAUCUGAUACCGAUAUCAACCCAUGCUGAUAUCACGCCGAUAUUAUAAUCCAUCCAUCCCUUGUUAUGUUCACUUUAAGAUAAUGGUGAUCAAUGUAGCAAAGUCAUCUAACCAAAAUUUAAUAUCCUUAUUAAUUUUAAUAAUUUUAAUUUUAAUUAGGGGCGGCACGGAGGUCGAGUGGUUAGACCUCACAGCUAGGAGACAAGGGUUCAACUCCACCCUCGACCAUCUCUGUGUGGAGUUUGCAUGUUCUCCCCGUGCAUGCGUGGGUUUUCUCCGGGUACUCCGGUUUCCUCCCACAUUCCAAAAACAUGCUAGGUACCAUAAUGUAGGUAUGAAUGUGAGUGUGAAUGGUUGUUUGUCUAUAUGUGCCCUGUGAUUGGCUGGCCACCAGUCCAGGGUGUACCCCGCCUCUCGCCCAAAGACAGCUGGGAGAGGCUCCAGCACCCCCCGUGACCCUUGUGAGGAAAAGCAGUAGAAAAUGAAUGAAUGAAUAAUUUUAAUUAAUUUUAAUCUACCAACUGGUACACUGUGUUUUUAUGAAAAGUCACGUCUUAAAAAAUAUUAUUUUUAAAAACAGUAGGGAUCGUCUUAUAUCAUAUUAUUUGGGUCUCACAGAAACUAUGAUGCCUUUAAGGGUCGCUCAGCAAAGUGCGAAAUCUCAACGCUUGACAAAAAAACAUGACCAUUGUGGGCUUUUUGUAUACAGUGAUACAUAUGCUCCAAUUAUUUAUGGACAGUUGGUACAACUAUGUAAUAUUAUUAUUAUAUAUAUUUUUUUAAACUUUCAUUAAGUUGAGCAGCUGUGCCUAAUGAAGUGUCCAGUGAGAGUAUUUUGGAAAAGGGGUUAAAAAAAGUUGGUAUUCCUUUAAUACUCAUCAAUUUUCAUGUCAUUAUUUUUUGUUUUGUUUUUGUACGUUUUGGUGUUUUUCACCUGCAUCACGCAGUCAUGCCAUGUAUGAACGCUGGUACAAAACACGUUCCAAAUCAAUUGUGGUUUCACAAGGAAUGUUGCCUUAUUGCCAUAAAUGAUAAGUCAUAUAAAGUCUAUAAAGUUUGUAUCUAUUUUUCAUUCACAAUUUUUCUUCUAUUGCCAUAAAGAAGGAGCGAGUUGUUAUCCAACUUACGUAUUGAACUUCAAACAUGUCCACUUUUUCACGGCAUAUAUAUAUCUUUGAGAUUAUUUUCAAUGCACUUGACACUGUUUUGUUUUGUUUUGACACGUGUUCGAGUGACAUUGUCAUCUGUAGGUAUUAUUACUCGCAGGACUCGUAUGCUAUGUGGUCUUGGCCUCAAAGAAAUGACAAGAGAACAGCCUUUACCGUUGGCCUUUACCAAUGUAGAUACAGUACAUGACAUUCCUAAUACAGAUGUGUUAUGCCAAUCUGUGUUUUUAACAUAUAAACAGCAGAUAUAUAUGAUUUGAAUUUUUGAACUGUAUCAAUAAAGGUUGAC